AGCUAUUGAAAAUAAGGCAAAGACUCGCACUGAACUGGAACGCAGAAACACCUACAUGUCAACCCUAGAGAGUAAACUGGGAGAGGGGCAUGGUCUGGUGUCCCUCAUCAAGGAGUGUCUGGCGGAUGAUCCUGAAAGACGACCAACUGCCCAUCAGGCAAUGGACAGAUUGAGUGAUAUGGUGGGAGACCUCAGACAACCCUUCUUGCAUAUGAACAGGUUCCAGUUGGAAAUGAGUUUGACAGAGAAGUCAGCUGAAGCUGAAGCAAAUGCUAGAGAGAUAGCUGAGAAUAAGAGGAGACUGGAAGAACUAAAACAGGAAAAUAAGGAACUAAAGGUG